AUGACACGAAGCCGAGCUGCUUUCCCUGAAGCAUGCCCAUACUAUGAGAGUCAUGUGGCGAACCAACACCGACACUGCCGGUCCUUUGCUGAUUAUCAUUGCCGCGCAGACCAGAUCGACACCAAGACACAAGAAAUCAAACCAUCCUCCGAUGAGACGUAUUCAGACGUGCUCGAGCUGGCCGACGAGCUCCCGGAUUCGUCGCCGCGAUUCAUUCUGCUGAGCUACCCGUUGACAUUGCCGUCCGGUCGCAUCUCUGUUCCCUACGUCCUGAUAUACUAUCUCCCGGUGAACUGCAACCCGAACAUGCGCAUGAGCUACGCCGGCGCUGUCGAGCUCAUGCGUAACACCGCCGAAGUCAACCGCGUCAUCGAGAUCCAGGACUCGGACGACUUGCAAGAAAUCGAGGCCAAAUUGAAGGGCGAGGACUGA